AUGCCGGCAGCAACAUCCAGCCCGGCCGUCAAGGCCGGCCACACGGACUUUGACCUCAUCAUUGUCGGGGCAGGCAUUGCAGGUAUCAAUGCUGCGUAUCGCUUUCAGAACGGCACAGCCGCCGGAAGCUCUUAUGCAAUCUUCGAAAACCGCGACGAGGUUGGGGGCACCUGGGAUCUCUUUCGCUACCCAGGCAUCCGCUCCGACUCGGACAUCUUCACCUUUGCCUUUCAGUGGAACGCGUGGCCGAAGAAGGGCACCAUGGCCGGCGGCGAUGAGAUCCGCGCCUACAUCAAGGAGUCGGCGCAAAAGACUGGCAUCUACGACAAUAUCCGAUUCAAGCACAAGAUCAUCGCGGCCAACUGGGAGUCUGAGCACUCGCGCUGGGCGAUUACCGCCUCUGUCCCCGGUGCCAAGGAGCCCAGGGUCUUCUACAGCCAGUUCAUGUAUCUCGCAACGGGGUACUACGACUAUGAGACGCCUCUCAAGACUACUAUUCCUGGCAUCGAAAAUUUCCAAGGCAAGGUGCUGCACCCGCAAUUUUGGCCGAAAGAUCUCGACUACGCAGGCAAGGACGUCGUCAUUAUUGGCAGUGGCGCGACGGCAGUAACCCUAGUGCCCUCCAUGACCGACAAGGCCAAGCAUGUGACGAUGCUGCAAAGAAGCCCAACAUACAUCUUCCCUCUGCCUCAGUACGGAACGCUCGCCCAAAUCGUCUUUUUCCUCUUUCCGCGCUCCGUCUCGCACCUGCUUCUGCGAGCCGGCUGGAUCCUCCAGCUCGUCUUCAUGAUCCAGGUGUGCAAGUACUUUCCCGGCCUCGUGCGCCGCGUCAUCAAGCGCGAAAACGUCAAGCGCCUGCCCGCCGAGGUGCCGUGGGACCCUCACUUCAACCCGCGCUACAAUCCCUGGGAGCAGCGCCUGUGCGCCUCCCAGGACGGCGACAUCUUCGCCGCGCUGAGCACCGGCAAGGCGAGCAUCGCCACCGACACCAUCGACGUGGUCACCAAGAACAGUAUCAAGCUCAACUCGGGCACCGUCCUGCACCCAGACAUCAUCGUCACGGCGACCGGGCUGAAGCUCAGCUUUGGCGGCGGCAUGGAGAUUACGGUGGACGGGCAGCACCUGGACCAGUCGAAGCAGUUUCUGUGGAAGGGCACGAUGCUGCAGGACAUACCGAACCUAUUCUUUACCAUUGGUUUUGAGAAUGCGUCGUGGACGCUGGGCUGUGACUGCGCGGCCCACCUGACCGUCCGAGUCAUUGAGCAGCUGCGGAACAAGGGCCUCAAGGUCGCCGUGCCUCGCAUGAAUGCAGAAGACCAAAAGACAAUGGUACCCAAGUCUUUAUUCAGCUUAAAGGCGACGUACCUUGAUAAUGUCAAUGAGAAGCUUCCCAAAGGCGGUAGUGGCGUUUGGGCGCCAAGAACAAACUACCCAGUGGAUAUGUACAAGUCAAGAUACGGCGACAUUCAGACGAAUCUUGAUAUGAGUUAG